AUGGCCUGGAUUUUCGGCUCGGGCACGGCCGACUGUGUGCUAUCUAGUUUGGAGGAAACAUCCGGCGCCACACCAACCGGACACUUUCCGGACAGUAAUUACUUGGAGGAGGACAAAUAUUCACCUGGGUUCCUGACGCUCGGCCAGAAGUACAGCAUAGCCAUCGGGUCGACCGUGGUGUUGCCAUGCAAAAUAAAUGAGACAGAGAACUCCAGCCACUAUGUGCUGGCCUGGAAGCGUGACAUCGCCGUCUUGACGGCCGGCAACGUGAAGGUUACGGUCAACCCGAGAAUGCGGCUGAUGCCGGUCCAGGGCCACGCCGACCAGCACGGUGCGCUGUCGACCGGCUACAACCUGGAGAUACGGGACGUGCGCACGACCGACGCCGGUGACUACAUCUGUCAGAUCGGUUCGAUGGAACCGAAAGAAAUCGUGCACACACUCGAGAUACUGGUGCCGCCGAAAAUUGACUACAUCUCGCCCGCCAACAAGCUGGACAUCCACAAGGGCGCCCCGAUCCGGAUGGAGUGCCGGGCGUCCGGCAACCCAGCGCCCAAAAUCAUCUGGUCCAGGAAGAAUAAUGUGAUGCCGAAUGGAGAAGCCAACAAGACUGGAAAUGUGCUGGAGAUAAUGCACGCUAAUCGCCACACCAGUGGCCAUUACAAGUGCACCGCAGACAACCGUGUCGGUCAGCCCGAUGCGAGAGAGGUGCUGAUCAAUAACCGUGGCAACAAGCACAGUCUCAUUAUCAGGAAUGUGACAUACUCGGAUCUCGGUAACUACACCUGCCAGGCAUCGAACGCGCUCGGCAAGGACCGUGGCUCCCUCGUCCUGAGUGGGUCGCCUACACUCUGCUACUUUGAUUCGCCAACGCUCAGCAGCUACCGGGACCAGUACAACAUCUCCUGGACGGUGCAGAGCUACUCGCCGAUCCGCGAGUAUCGGCUCUUCUUUCGGCUGGCGGCGAAAAACAUGCACCUGCUGCACCACGAGAAACCACUGGACAACAACCACAUCUACGGCGACCGGGGCGCUAGCCACCUCUACAACGCGCCCUACACCGGUGUCGGUGGAGCGCACCACGGCACCGGUGGUGGUGGCGGUGGUGGUGGGGAGCAGUGGGAGAACGUGGUCAUCCCGGAGAUGAACGACUACGGGGCGCACAACCUCAACUUCUACAACAUGGUCCCACCGUACGCGCCGUACCAGCCGACCGUGCGGCACCGGAUGAGCUUCCAGCUGAGGAACCUGAAACCGGCCAGCAACUACGAGGCGCGUGUCCAAGCCCGGAACGACCACGGCUGGAACAAGCUGUCGAGCAUAUUCCAUUUCUCCACCCGCUCGGAAGAUAUGGAGCUGGAGCCGUCGGCCCAGCCGGCGGUCCACGGGGCCGGUCUGCUGGAUAAGAGCAUGCUGAGCAGCAGCGGCGGGGCGCCGUCCGCCAGCCACUUCCAUAAAUCAUGGACACUUUCCAUUUUCACCGUUUUAAUUACUGCGCGCCUGCUACUGCUGCCAUCGUUUCUGGCCGCCAUCGUAUCGGUGGUGGCAUGA